AUCAAAGUGGUAUAAAAAGACGUAAUAUUUAGAACUUCUGUACUUUUUAAUUCCUUGACUUAAAGAAUAAGUAAUAUUAAAUUUUAAAACUAAACGUUUUAAGUUUAUAAUGAAAACACAAAAUUGGACAGAGCUAGAGGUGUCUUUAAGCAACUCUAUAUUGAAAACUAUUGAGGAAUUAAAAUUUUCUCAUAUGACACCCGUUCAGGCAGCUUCAAUACCAUUAUUAUUAAAAGGAAAAGAUGUUGCUGCAGAAGCAGUAACAGGCAGUGGAAAAACGAUUGCCUUUUUAGUUCCACUGUUAGAAAUACUGCAGAAACGAAAAGAAAAAUGGAAACCUACAGAAGUUGGAGCAAUAAUAAUUAGUCCUACAAGAGAACUAGCUGUACAAAUAAAUGAAGUUUUGCAAAAAUUUCUCAAUAAUAUUCCAGAUUUGAAACAAGUGUUACUUGUUGGUGGUGCAACCAUUACAGAAGAUGCAGAGAAACUUAAAGCAGCUGCAAAUAUAAUUGUAGCAACACCUGGUAGAUUGGAAGAUAUAUUUUCUAAUUGUAAAAGUAUAAAUAUGGCAAUGCGUGUCAAAUCUUUGGAAAUACUGAUCCUAGAUGAAGCAGAUAGAUUACUGGAUCUAGGGUUUUCUGCAACAUUGGAUACAAUAUUAAGUUAUUUACCACGUCUUAGAAGAACAGGUUUAUUUUCUGCUACUCAAACAAAGGAAUUGCAGCAGUUAAUAAGAGCAGGACUUAGAAAUCCUGCUUUAAUAACUGUUAAAGAGAAAGCAAAUAUUUCUACACCAUCAAAUUUAAAAAAUAAUUAUGUCAUUGUCAACACUGAGUACAAAUUAUCUAUAAUGAUAGAUUUUAUUCAACGUGAAGGAACUAAUAAAAAAUAUAUGAUUUUUUUAUCUACCUGUGCAUGUGUUGAUUAUUUUAGUCAUGUUAUACAAGCGAAGUUAAUGUUGCCAUCAGUGCAAGUAUUUGCAAUUCAUGGUAAAAUGAAAAACAAGCGGUAUAAAGUAUUUAAUGAAUUUCGUCGCGUAAAAAGUGGCAUUUUAAUUUGCACGGAUGUAAUGGCUCGUGGCAUUGAUAUUUCAGAAGUAGAUUGGGUAUUACAAUAUGAUCCUCCCUGUUCAGCUAGUAGUUUUGUUCAUAGAUGUGGUAGAACUGCUAGAAUUGGCAAUGAAGGGAAUGCAUUAUUAUUUCUCUUAGAAACAGAAGAUGCUUAUGUAGAUUUUAUCAAAAGAAAUCAAAAAGUAGACCUAGAAAAAAUAAUUUUGGAACCAUGUAUGAUAUCGUAUGAGAAGUGUUUGAAAUGCAUGAAAGAUUUACAAAAGCACGAUCGACUUCUCUUUGAUAAAGCCAACAGAGCAUUUGUAUCAUAUAUCCAAGCGUACAAUAAACAUGAAUGUAAUUUAAUAUUAAGAUUGAAAGAUAUUGAUCUAGGAAAGCUUGCAAUGAGUUUUGGUUUACUGCGAAUGCCUCGUAUGCCCGAGCUUAAAGGAAAAGAUGUGUCAUCCUUUGAACAAGAAAAUAUUGAUAUUAAUUCAAUUACUUAUUCAAAUAAACAAAAAGAAAAAAAUCGUUUAGAAAAAUUGAAAAUUUUUGAAGAUAGCGGAGUAUGGCCUAAGGCGCACAAACGUAAACGUAAACAAACUGAACCAUGGUCUGAAACUAAAAAGAGAAAGCUGGAAAAACAAGAAAAUCGCAAAAAACGAAAAGAGAAAAAGCUGAAACAAGUUUCCGUAAACUCUACAAAAAAACAAAAAAGGAAGAUAAAUGAACAAGAUAUCGAGGAAUUGGCAAAAGACAUAGCAUUAAUUAAGAAAUUAAAAAAGAAAAAGAUUUCUCAAGAAGAAUUUGACACUGCUUUUGGAAUUGAUUGA